AUGACAGCCGAGGCAAAGAUUCCCGCGUCUCUGGAGGAAGAGAGCACCAUCCGGAGACUUGACGACAAGACAUUUGCUGCCAAUCUCUCACCCAGCUUCUGCAUAGGCGCCGUCCCCAAUGGCGGCUACGUUGCCACCAUCUUUUUGCGCGUAGCAAGAGAGUAUCUCGCCCACAAGAACCAGCCAGACACAAUCACCGCUCACUGGGAAUUUCUUAAUCGCACCAUCUCCGGCCCAGCUGUUCUCGUCGUCGAGGAAGCCAAGCCGGGCCGCUCCAUCUCCGUGCUGCACAUCUCGCUCUACCAAGGCCAUCUCCUAUCCCAGGGGCCAUGGAUCGCGACAGACGCACAGCCCGGAAAGCCAAAGUCGGAAAAGGUCGUCGCUGCGUAUCUGACAAAUAGGAGCAUCGCCGCGGAAAAUGGCAUCAGUCUUCCCACUGGAUGGUCGCUGCAGCCUCAGUUGCCCCAACCGGCUGAUUUUGACAAGCUUCUCGCCCACAAGGAUCCGGAAUGGGGAGCCCUGGAUCUGGUGAUUCAGCGAAGAGUCACUGCCGUCCAGCAGCUCCGCUUCUUUUACAACCGCGCCGCCUUUGCAAAGUCCGGCACCAACUCGUCGUUUGACCUGUGGAUGUGCACCUCCAACGGCGAGUCCUUCAAAGCAACGUCUCUCGGCUUCGUCGUCGACUGCACGGCGGCUUUCAUCCCCGAACUGCACCGUCCUCGGUCCAAGGACGAUCCUCCCGCCGCAGGAGGCGAAUUCACGCGCAAGACUGCCUUGUGGUAUCCUACGCUGGCGAUGAACCUUGAAGUAAAGAAGGCGUUGCCGGCAGAGGGCGAGCGGUGGCUCUUCGUGCGAACGUCGGCCAAGCAGAUCUACAAUGGCCGGUUCGACAUUGAAGUUAUUGUCUUUGAUAGAGCUGGUGACUUGGUUGCUUUGAGUCAUCAUGUGGCCAUGUUGGUCAACUCUGAGAAGAACACAGCAAAAAGAGCUCCACUGGCUGGAAUUACAUACAAGAUGUGA